GUGAACAUAGGAUCAGGCUCUUGUGACUGAGGAGACCGGUAAAGUGUGCGGCGAUUGAUCCCCGAGCCUGGAGGAUAGAGGUUCUGAAACCUAUAGUGUCAGCCAUGACAGGGGGCGUGGGUGCCAGUUGGCUCUUCACCUUGUUUCGUGCCUUGGAACAAACUGUACCUCUACAAAUCUUGCAGUGAUUGUUCUCCAUUCGGGACGGGACUGCCGUGCAGGGAUGGGCUGUGGGAAGUUGUGGAUUUGAGUAGUUGAAACGCUGCCACAAACACGGCUUUCUCCCUCAGCUCUUGCCGUCAGAGUACUCACAGUGCAAUAUCAGUCGCCUAAUUCCCUUACCGACUUUCCACUUUCCAUGCUGAGCUUCUGACGCCCGCUUUUAACAUCCCAACCCCGAGUGUAAACUUGACGGUUCCUCAUGCAGUGUGAUGCUAUCGGCUUUCAUCUGUAUGACUGACAGUAUUUGUGACACGGAUCGGUGUUCAUUGCGUUUCCAUGCCAGUAUACGGCAAAACCUCAUGGUGGCAUCUUACGUUGUUACAGUGCAACAGUUACAAACCGCCUUCUCAGGAAGGAGCCUGCCUAAAUGCUGUGUCGGUAAUUUUGCGUUCCUUGUCGUUUCUAAUGUCUACCCCAAAUGCUGGCCGCGUCACUACCCCCACUCUAGGCGAUGUGCCGAACGUACUCGUCAGUCGUCACCUACUGUAUAUUUGUACGGAUGCAGCAAAAGUUGUGUGUCGGGUUAUAGUUGGCACAACGUCACCAGACACGCUCAUGUUGUGCUCCAGAAUCUAAGCGCCACCUGGAUCACCCAAAGUCCCAGCAUUGGAGUGCUGCUCAGCCACACCAAUCUUCUCUUCGCAACACUUAAACCGGCAUCCUUGCCGCGGUUGAAUCAUCAUUCUCACCUGGAGCACCGGCCUCGCUUCUGCCUGCUGAGACUCUACCACACCCGGCGAUCCUCGAAGUCUCGUUCAACAUAUUAAUAUUAUUACGGUACAAUGUUCAGAUGGAUAGGAAAGGAACAUACAGCGGUGCAAUUCCUUGCAACUCACUUCAUUUCAGGAAUGUCGACCCAUGACGGAGCGACAGCAUCUUUUUCCUUCUUCCCUCGUG